UAGAUUAAAGUUAACAAAGAGUAAAGAAGUAAUAUAGUUGCAACAUGGCCAAACGCCUCGAGUGUCCUUACGAAAAUCUUAGCAGUGCCUUUCUACUGCAAUCGAGCGACUAUCAGAAGCAAUUCUUUCAUCUUUACGCACAUCGUUUGGCUGAAAUGACGCGUUUGCUGAAACCACUGGCACAAUCAAAAUGGGGUAAGGAGAUGCCCAUUAUGAAGCUGUGCGAGCUACGCGGAGAACAGGAUGUGCACUGCAUCAUCAUUGGCACUAUUUACAAGCAUCAACAACACAAACCCAGCAUUUUGCGUGACAUCUCUGAGGAGAACCAACUGGCGCCGCAGCCUCAGCGACAGAAUUACUCUGAACCGGGUGACAAAGUCAUAUUGGAGGAUGAACUGCAGCGUGUGCGACUGCAGGGUGAUCACAUCGCUGGACGCAGUCUGGCUACUGGCAUUGUCUGUGCUGUUAAGGGCGGCACCGACUCCGAGGGCUUCUUCAAUGUGGAGGACAUACUCUUCUUCGAGAGCGGACCACAAAAGUCGCUGACAUUGAAAUCGCCUGCCAAGCUGGUGCUAGUGUCUGGCCUCGAUCAACUGCAGGCACACAACUAUGUGGAUGCCCUGAACAUGUUUCAAUAUUGGCUGAGCGGCAGUUUGGGCAAUUCAAAGGAUGCUGCGUCAAUGGUGCGUUUGAUUGUUGCUGGCAACUCAGUGCGCAGCACAGCGGUAGCCAAUGUGCCCACAUUGCAAGUGGCUCGCAGCCAGGCGAAUGCCAAUGAUACUGUGCAGGCGGUCAGCCAGUUGGACAGCUGGUUUGCUGCUUGGGCGCAAGCUUUACACGUUGAUCUAAUGCCGGGCGCCUAUGAUCCGGCCAAUUUCAUGUUGCCACAGCAGCCAUUCCACAAAUGCAUGUUUCCACAAGCCGGGCGUCUGUCUUCCUUCCAGGCUGUGUCUAAUCCCUACAGUUGUCGGCUGAACAGCGCAUUGAUUGUUGGCACUGGCGGUCAGAAUGUGGCAGAUCUGUUGCGUAGCACUGGACUGGAGUCGUCGUUGGAGGCGCUGCGCUGCACGCUCACUUGGGGCCACAUUGCUCCCACGGCGCCAGAUACUCUGGCCUGCUAUCCGUACAUUGAAAGCGAUCCCUUCAUUAUGCGCCAAUGUCCACAUGUGUAUUUUGCUGGUAAUUGCGAGAAGUUCGAGACGGAGCUGCAUGUUGGCACCGGUGACAAGCGAACGCGUCUGGUGUGCGUGCCCAGCUUCAGCAAGACACAGAGUGUGGCCCUGGUGGAUCUAGAAACGCUCGAUUGUCGCGAGAUUAAGUUCAACGUAGAAUCUGAAUAAGAUACAAGAGUUUAAGUCGUAUAAUAAAGCACAAAACAGUAUUUUAACA